AUGAAGAUACUAGGAUUACCGUUAUCUAAAGAACGAUGCACAAUAUGUAUGGAAGCUAAGGGAACCCGUUGUUCAUUCAGUCCAACCCUAAUUCCAAGAACAAAGAAAAUUGGAGAGUUGAUUUACUGUGAUAUUGGUGGCCCGAUAACACCAAUAAGUAAAGAUGGAGAAAAGUACUAUCUUACAAUAAUAGAUGAUUAUUCACAUUUUAUGGAGGUUAGCUUACUAAAAACAAAAGAUCAAGCAAAAUAUUAUAUAAUAAAAUACAUAAGAAGACUUAGAAAUAAUGAUAUUAAUGUAAAGAGAAUAAGAAGCGACAGAGGCAGAGAAUUUGUGAAUGAUGACCUAAAAUUAUUCUAUGAAGAAAAUGGUAUAGUACAGGAAACUACUUGUAGUUAUACUCCACAACAAAAUUCAAUAUGUGAGAGGAUGAAUCGGACACUAGCAGAUAGAGUAAGAGCUAUGUUGCUGGAGACAAAUCUUCCAAAGUAUCUAUGGGGUGAAGCCAUGAGGUGUGCAGCAUAUGUCAUAAAUAGAUCACCUACAAAAGCACUAGAAGGUGAUACACCGGCAAGAGUAUGGUAUGGAAAGAGUCAGCUAGAUAAAAUAAGAGUUUUUCGCUCGAAGGCAUGGUGUGUACUUCUACCAAGGUUAACCAAAUUGGAACCAAGAGCGAAGCCUAUGAUUAUGAUUGGAUAUUGCGGCUCAGGUUACAGACUAUGGAAUCCUAAAACAAAUGAAAUAAUCGAGUCCAGAGAUGUACGAUUUGAUAAGUCAAACUACAGAUAUGAAGAAAAUGAAAGAAUCUCAUAUAUAGAUUAUGAUGAAAACGGAGAGAGCAAGACUUUAACAUCCAAAGAACCCCCUUCUACUUCUAAAGAACCAGAAAUAGAACCAUCCAGAAGCAGUAAAGGAGAUGAAAGCUCAGAUGAUGAGGAAAACUGCAAUAAAAAA